AUGAGAGCGAGAGGCAAGUCACUACCAGAGGACAAAAAAUUCACCUUCUUCGCGGCAGGCAUCAGCUCCGUCAUCCACCCCCGGAACCCCCACGUGCCAACCAUCCACUUCAACUACCGCUACUUUGAGAUGCAGGACGAGGACGGCAACAACAAGCAUUGGUGGUUCGGUGGUGGGACGGACCUGACCCCAUAUUACCUGGUGGAGGACGACGUGAAGCUCUUCCAUGGGGUGCUGAAGUCCGCCUGUGACCGCCACCACCCCAAGCACUACCCCAAUUUCAAGAAGUGGUGUGACGACUAUUUCUUUGUUAAGUUUAGAGUCAAGAAGCACAAGAACGACGCUGUGUCCGAGGAGCAGCGGCGGUGGCAGCUGCUCCGACGUGGCCGCUACGUGGAGUUCAACUUGGUGUAUGACCGCGGCACCAAGUUCGGGUUUGCCACACCCAACGCACGCAUCGAGAGCAUCCUGAUGUCCCUCCCGCUGCAUGCCCGAUGGGAGUAUAUGCACCAGCCAGCGCCAGGCAGCCCAGAGUACAAGAUUACAGAGGUGCUUAAGAACCCUAAGGACUGGGUGUAG